UCUGGCCGCGGGCAGAAGGGUGGCGGGGCCGGCUGAGGGGUGCAGCAGUCGCCGCUGGCUUCGGGGCCGGGGAGGCGCGGGGGCCAGAGUAGCUCUUGGGCUGCUGGCCAGUGCGGACACUUCCGGGUCGAGUCGCCGGGGUCGGAAAGUCACGGCCACCGCGACACUGGUCUGCUGCCGGGGACGCUGAGGUGGUGGACGAGAGGGGUCGGAGGUGUCCCGGUUCCGGUUUCGCUGGCGGCUCCGCGGAUCUGGUUCUAAGCGUGCUGGACCUCUGCCCCUGGAGGUACUGGUUCUCCUCCGGCCUGCUAUGGAAACUGAUUCGAAAGCCAAGGAGCACCUUGAAGCCAAGGAGUCUGCUCCUGCUAAUGCUGAAAAUGCCGCCUUCGUGUGGGAAGCUGGGAAGUUUGGGACGCCCCAGAAGCAUGUGGCAGAAGUGAGUCCUCAUUUUUGCACCCCUGAUGCUUCUAAAACACCUUUGGAUUUUUCCACCGUAACUGUAGAGCAGCUGGGAAUUACACCUGACAGCUUUGUGAGGAACUCUUCAGGAAAGUCAGCAUCCUGCCUGAAGAAAUCCAGACGGCGUUCUGCAGUUGGUGCCCGAGGCUCUCCCGAAACAAACCAUCUAAUCCGCUUCAUUGCUCAGCAGCGGAGUUUAAAGAAUGCUGCGAAAUCUCCUUUGGCACAGGAUUCCCCUUUUCAGGGCAGCCCUGGACUGUAUGGAAAUGUUAAUUCCUUGCGAGAGCGAAUAUCUGCCUUCCAGUCAGCUUUUCACUCCAUAAAGGAAUACGAGCAAAUGGCUGCCUGUCCAGACUUCUCAGAGGCACAGAGAGAGAUGGAGACAGCAAAUCUGAAUGAAGACAUUAUUGAACGUCAGCAGCCUGGGCUUCUUGCAGAGAUACCAUCCAAGCGUCGGAGAAUAUCCUCUCAGAGUAUCUCUGAUGAAGACCUAACUGAUGCCGAAGGCAGAGUAAUGGCUCUCCAUAUUUUCAACAUUGAUACAGGCAGAGUAUGCACAAUUGAAACUUCUACAGGUUUCUCCAAGAAGUCGUCUGAACUUGGCUUAACAGAGCCUGGAUGUUUAGCUGAAGGGUCUGUUCCCCUUUCAGAGCUCACAAAGGCGUCACAUGGACUCAAAAUUGCUGACUGUGUAGAGGGUAAAGGGUGGAAGGAUGCUGUUUAUCUUGAUACACUGACGACAGAAAUGAACUCAGGCACAGUCCCUGACAUCAGGUCACCAGCCUGUCCUGCCUACAAGAGGGACUUCCCAUCCACUGAGACCUUUGUGCUUCGUUCUGUUCUGAAGAAACCUUCUGUUAAGCCAUUUCUAGAGAGCUUACAGGAACACCAUGACAACCUCUGUGAUGAUGGGACUCCAAACUUGAUCCCAAAUCUUGCAAACUGUUGCAAAGAACAAAAAGCAGAAGAUCAAAAUUAUAAAGCACCACCAGCCUUUCUGAAUAUGAGGAAGAGGAAGAGAGUUACUUUUGGAGAGGAUCUGAGCCCUGAAGUGUUUGAUGAAUCUUUGCCAGCAAAUACUCCAUUGCGUAAAGGAGGAACACCUGUCCGCAAAAAGGAUAUAAGCAGUAUCAGUCCCUUGAUACUUGAGCAGUCACCAGUUCUGGAGCAGUUACCUCAACCAAACUUUGAUGAUAAGGGGGAGAAUCUUGAAAACAUAGAACCAUUACACUUAACAUUUGCGGUUGGGAGUCCUAUUAAGUCUUCAAUCACUGAGACUCUUCCAGGCACUGAUACCUUUAGUUCUUCAAAUAACCAUGAGAAAAUAUCCUCCUGUAAAGUUAGACCAACACGGACUUCUAAUAGAAGAAAGCAGUUGAUCAGUUUUGCAGAAGAGAAUGUUUGCAACUUACUUAAUACAGAAGCUCAACCUUGUAAAGAAAAGAAAAUUAAUAGGAGGAAGUCUCAGGAAACCAAAUGUACAAGCAGAGCCCUUCCUAAAAAGAGCCGGGUUUUAAAAAGUUGCAGAAAGAAGAAAGGAAGGGGAAAGAAAGGAGUUCAGAAAUCUUUAUAUGGAGAAAGAGACAUUGCUUCUAAGAAGCCCCUCCUAAGUCCGAUUCCUGAGCUGCCCGAAGUCUCUGAGAUGACACCCUCAGUUCCAAGCACUUGGCGCAUGUGUUCAGAUGAUUUCCACUCAAAUGGUAAACUUGAAGAAGUGAAGCCUCCUAAAAAUCCAGUUAAAAGAAAGAGACUUUUGCCUCAGAACCCGGAAGAUUUGCAUAUGAAUCAAAGCUUUAAUAAAUGUAAUGUGCCUGAAUUCUGCUCUUACAUAAAAGGUUCUUCAUCAUUUGAUACAAGUACUAUGGAUGUUAGUGAAAUUAAAAAUGUUCCAAAAGCAGAAAAUAAUUUGGAAAAUGAAAUGGAAUCAAAUACUGGGAAUGAGAAUGAAAACAGUCAUAAUUCUUGUUCCUCUGUGACCAAAGAACAUGUUGUGUCAGAUAAUCUCAAACCUGAUAUUAUCCUGAAGUGCCAUGAGCUUUCUGCUCCUGGUCAAAAUGAAGAAAGCCUUUGUGAAGUCUUUAAAAUUUCAGAAGAAAUAAAGUGUGAAAAACAGGAUGACAUCCUGGUAGCCACAGAGGGAAAGCCGCAGUGCAAUCAUUUCAUGUCUGACUCACAAAAUGAAUAUAAUUAUUUGGGAGAUGCCUUAAUUGAAAACAUAAAAGGAUAUAAAAGCCCAAGAGAGGAUGUGGGGAUAGAAAUCGCAGAACAUAGCAGUGUUAAAUUUUGCAGCGAAAAGAAACAGAGAAGGCGCUCUAUGUAUUGUUCUGAAGAUCGGAAUUUACGUUUAGAAGGAAGCAGAAGUCACAAACCUUUCCACAGCACGGGCAGCCCUGUAGGAAUCAGCUUAGAGAAUUCCAAACUUUAUGAAGAUUUAUCUGAUGCCAUAGAGCAAAGCUUUCAUAGAACAAAUGGUGAAGUCAAAGUGCGGCGCAGCACAAGGCUACAAAAAGAUGCAGAUAAUGAAGGGCUUGUAUGGAUUUCCCUUCCAUUUCCUUUCACUUCCCAAAAAACCAAAAGGAGAACAAUCUGCACAUCUGACAGCAGAGGGUUUGAAGAUAUGUCUCCCAGAAGAGAAACUGUAUCCUCCAGGCGAAACCGGUGCCAAGUGCCCUCCCGCUCAGGUAGAGAAAACAGCAAGAGCCCUACUGCUCAUUCUGAUCUACCUGAGAAGAGGAGGAAGAGCUUCUGUACGUCCUCCCUUGCAAAUACUAAAGCUCCUGCUCAGUCUAAGCGCUGCAGAAGAAGCACCUUCCUCCAGGGGAAGGGAGAGAGCUCUCUCACUGACCUGGAACGGGUUGGACAUAGUGGAGAACUGGAGCAAUAAUGGACAUUUCCUGCGGGACCCUUGGCAAAAGAAAGUAACCAUCCAUGCUUGAAAGUCUUUCCUUUUGCUUCUCUUCCUUUGUUCAAUUUCGCUGUUACUUACGUUCCAGAUAAAUAAAAUCAUUUGAGUUGAA